GUGCGCGGCCCACGCCACCGCCGCCGCCGCGGCAGCUUCCCAUGUCGGUCCGAUCCGGCGGCCGCCAGCUCUCCUUCGAGCUCCUCGCGGGCGACCUCACCGCCGACGAUGCGGACGACACCUCCCCGCGCUCCCUGCCCGACACCACGUCCGACGGCCAGCGCCGCCGCAGGCGGCGGUCCAAGCGCAAGCGCGGGUUCCGGAGCCCCCCGAUCGAGGAGGCGGCCUCGGAGGGGGAGGAGCCGCGAGGGGAGGGCGUCGGCGACGCGGUCGCGGCGUUCAGGGUCACGGAUCUGAGAUCGACGGCGGAGACUGUGUGCGAGAGCUCGGAGCCCGAGAGGUCCGCGGCGAGCUGUGUGACGUAUGUCGGGGUGGAGCUGAGGCAGAGGAGCGUCUCCGGGGCCGGGAGGGUGUUGUCCGCGUCCGCGGAGGAUGGGGCCAGCAGCUGCGGCAGCAGCACGCGGGAGAGCACUUCGGCUGCUGCGGCGGUGGCGGAUGUGGCGGCCGCGGCGGCCGCGGCGUGGCGACCUGAGGCAAAUGGGGGCGUGAAGAAGAAGCUGGAGAAGGAGGAGUCGCUGGAUUGGGAGAAGUACAUGAAGGAGAAUGGCAACAUUCUCGGAGAAGUCGAGCACCUUGAUAAUUCACCAUUCAGAUAUUUCCUUGGCGAACUAUAUGGUGGCAAUGCACUUAGAAGCACAAUUGCAGUGGGUAAUGAGAAAAAACGACAGCGGGUGUACAACACUAUGUUUCAUGUACCAUGGAGAUGCGAGCGGCUAAUUGUCGCAGGAUUCUUCGUCUGCUUGGAUUCAUUUUUGUCAUUGCUCACAAUUAUGCCUGCACGAAUUGUGGUUACUAUCUGGCGGCUGCUGAAGACCAGGAAGUUUCUGCAACCAAAUGCUGCUGAUUUAUCAGAUUAUGGGUGUUUUGUGGUUCUAGCCCUAGGAGUUGCUUCUUUGCAAAUGAUAGAUAUUAGCUUAAUUUACCAUGUCAUUCGUGGUCAGGGCACGAUCAAGCUUUAUGUGGUAUACAACGUACUAGAGAUCUUUGACAAACUCUGUCAAUCAUUCGGUGAGGAUGUAUUGCAAGUUCUUUUCAACUCAGCUGAGGGGUUAUCAGCUUGCUCGACAGAUAAUGUGACAUUUGAAUUGCUGCGGUUCCUUUUGGAUGAGGCAAUAGCCGUUGUUGCAUUUGUUGUCCAUUCAUUUGUCCUGUUAGCUCAGGCGAUCACCCUGUCAACAUGUAUUAUUGCCCACAACAAUGCAUUAUUGGCUCUUCUGGUAUCAAACAAUUUUGCUGAGAUCAAAAGCAAUGUAUUUAAGCGUGUUAGCAAAGAGAACCUUCAUAAUUUGGUAUACUAUGACAUCAUCGAAAGAUUUCACAUCACAGCCUUUCUGCUAUUCGUACUUGCUCAAAAUAUCUUGGAAGCAGAGGGUCCAUGGUUUGACAGUUUUCUUAUUAAUGCGUCUUUGGUAUUUUUAUGUGAAGUGCUUAUCGAUGCUAUCAAGCAUUCUUUCCUUGCAAAAUUUAAUGAGAUAAAGCCAGUUGCUUAUUCGGAGUUUUUGGAAGAUCUUUGCAAGCAGAUUUUGAAUGACAAACCUGAUGACCGUCAGAAGGACUUAACAUUCAUUCCCCUUGCCCCAGCUUGUGUGGUAAUCCGUGUAUUGACUCCAGUAUAUGCUACCCUCCUUCCCGCUGGCCCGUUUAUCUGGAGAGUAUUCUGGAUUUUACUUUGGUCAGUUCUGACCUAUUUUAUGCUCGCGAUAUUCAAGAUACUCGUGGGGUUGAUACUGCGCUGCCUUGCAAAUUGGUAUGUAAAUCUACGGCUCAAAAGAAAGCAACAUGUGGACUGAAAAAAUGGCACCACAAUUCUGGUGCUACGGUUAUAGCUCUGAGAAGAUCAUUUCCUGUGGUGCGUGAAGUAUAGCAAGCACUCCAGCUGCUGUGAGUUAUAUGACAGAAAGUCUUGAUAGUAUAGUACAGCACAGAUGAAUAUCACAGUACCAUCUUCCAACAGAUUUGUCUAUUCAAGGAACUACUUGUAGUCCAAUUUUGCGGUGUUUACAUUUUCUCUCUAACCUCUGUUUGUGCAUAGCCUAGUUUCAUCCUAAAUUAUUUGCUGUCACUUAGCAAAGAUGUCCUGAUCUUGUCAUGUAAGAUGUUUGUACAUUUCCUUUUGGGAAAAAGAAACAGACAGUACUAUUGCUCAACAACAGCUCGAUGAGAUUAACACAGCGCGUCUGUUUCUGCGCU